AUGGACCGACCUGUGGGGGUGGCUUUGGGGAACAGCACCUUCGAAACUACACUUCCAGAACCGUCGUACCUUCAGCUGAAUUUCCAGAGUUCUUGUUGCCCUGCAAACUGGAAGUUCUGGAAUAACUUGUCGAAUCUUUGCAAUAUAUCGACAUCGGUGAAUGGUUCCAGCGAGAUCGGUCUAGCUUCAUCUUGUGCUGUAAAUGUACAGCAUUCCAACACGGAUCUAAACAAUGAACGAAUGUACAGAUGGGAGCCAUAUCUUAACGAAAAUACUGAAAAUGAUGGUUUGCAUUAUCCGGAUGAAUCUCAAGGCAUUAUUGACGAAAAAACACAAGAUCGGCAAAUCACCACAACGGUAUUUCGUGCUUGGGAGGUUCCAUUCCUUCAAAAUACUACGCAGAACACCGGAGAGGAAGCGAAAUAUCAUUCGUGGCAGAAUUCACAGGAUACAGCAAGCAUUGAAGCAGAGAAGAGAUUAGCCAGAGAGAAACCACGCAAAGAGAGAACUGCAUUUACGAAACAACAAAUUCGACAUCUGGAGUAUGAAUUCGCGCAUAGUAAUUAUCUGACGCGAUUACGACGUUACGAAAUAGCGGUUGCAUUGGAUUUAACGGAACGUCAGGUGAAGGUUUGGUUCCAAAAUAGACGAAUGAAGUGGAAGAGGACAAAAGGUGGAGCAGGAAACGGUCAAGAAAAAGAUGCUUUUUGA